AUGGAUUCUGACGGAAAUUCUCAUUCAUCAUCGAUUAUGAAAAAUAUAGGAUCGGGUAUUCAAGUACCAACGUCGCCAACGAUAAUUCUCAUGCCUUCGGACACAAUUUCAUCUAGGUCUUCGAUUCAGCCAUCAAAGAAGAAAAGUCUGGCAGGGAAUCAAACUGAAUUACCCUAUGUUUCUCAUCGAAAGCAAGCACCAAUUAAAGAAAUUCCAAUAAGUUUUCUUAGACAUCGACUAUGCGUAAGAGAACAAUAUUAUGCUCGACUUGCCUUAGUCAGUAAUCUGAUGAGUUUUCUUGCUAUUGUGGGUAUUAUUUUAAUGAUCAUUGAAAAUGAAUUAACUUUUGCUCGUGUUAAUAAUGAAGAUACAAGAAUUAGCUGGUUUCUUAAAUUAACGAUUACACUUACCACGGUGAUUCUUCUUGCACUCAUUUUUUAUUACCAUCAUUUAGAUAUGAAUCUUUAUUCUUUUCGAAACGCACUUGAAGAUUGGCGUGUUGAAUUAACAAAUAGCAAAAUAUUGCUAAUUAUACUUGAAAUAUCAAUUUGCGCAAUUCAUCCUAUGCCUCGAUCAUAUCCUCAAACAGAUCCUGAAAAAAUAAAUUCAACUUCAAUAGAAUCUGAUUCAUCUCCACCAAAUUCCUAUUCUUUAUCGUAUACAGCUGUCGACGUUGGGCUUGGUUUGCCAAUGUUUCUUCGUCUAUAUCUACUUGGCCGUUCCAUUAUGUUACAUUCGCAUGUGAUUCGCGAUAUAUCAUUACGAUCACUUGGAUAUUUGAAUCAAGUAUCCGUUGAUUUUUUCUUUCUUAUAAAAACUUUUCUUGAACAAUGGCCAGCACGAUGUUUAAUUACCUUUUGUACUGUUGCUUUUUUCAUUGGAAGUUGGUCUUUGCGUGCAUGUGACUAUACAACUACGAAAAAACACCUAUCUAUGCCGGAGUCCAUGUGGCUCUUCAUUGUGACAUUUACUACUAUUGGUGAGUUUGUAUGA